UUGAGAAUUAGUGAAUCUAAAUAUUUUAUUUUUACAGGAAAUCGAAAACCAUGGCGAGGAAUUUUGCUAUUCGGUCCACCAGGAACGGGUAAAUCGUACAUAGCGAAGGCAGUAGCAACAGAGGCUGAUAAUUCAACAUUCUUCUCAGUUUCAUCAUCUGAUCUCAUGUCAAAAUGGCUCGGUGAAUCAGAAAAGCUUGUGAAAAACUUGUUCAUUCUUGCCCGGGAACAUAAGCCAUCUAUCAUAUUUAUUGAUGAGAUUGAUUCUCUUUGCUCAUCCCGAUCAGACAACGAAAGCGAGAGUGCGCGUCGCGUAAAGACUGAGUUUAUGGUACAGAUGCAAGGUGUUGGUAUGGAUAAUGAUGGUAUACUUGUACUUGGUGCCACAAACAUUCCUUGGAUUUUGGAUGCUGCUAUAAGAAGACGUUUUGAGAAAAGGAUUUAUAUCCCUCUUCCGGAGGCGAAUGCUCGCAAGGAUAUGUUUCGCCUAGAUGUGGGACGUAACAACAACAACCUCACAGAAAAUGACUACAAGCGAUUUUGUGAUGCUGAUCUACUGAGAAAUUCUCACAUUAUCCUUGCCGAACGAACUGAAGGUUAUUCCGGAUACGAUAUCAACAUUCUUGUCAAGGAUGCCUUAAUGCAACCGAUUCGUCGUGUGCAAUCCGCUACACACUUUAAGUAAGU